AUGGCGACGCGCGACCGAAGCAGAAGCCCGAUGACGAGGCAGAAGUCCGCCAGCGACGACCUCGUCAUCACGCAGGCGGCGGAUAUGGUGAGCGUCGCCCAGUUCCCCACCCUGCAGAGGUACAUCAUGGCCCGCACGGGGGACCACGAGAUGUCCCUCCUCCUGAUGGCGAUGACCCUCGCCUGCAAGGCCACGUCGCGUGCUUGCGCCAAGGCUGGCAUCGCCAACCUCUUCGGCCUCGCGGGCGAGGUGAAUUCCACUGGCGACGACCAGAAGAAGCUUGACGUGCUGUCCAACGACAUUUUCAUUGACGCCCUCGUCAACAGUGGCACUUGCGCCGUUCUGAUUUCCGAGGAGAACGAGGAUCCCAUCUUCGUGCCCGAGUCGAAGAGGGGACGCUUCAUUGUUGCGUUCGACCCACUUGACGGUAGCAGCAACAUCGACUGCAAUGUUAGCACCGGCACCAUUUUUGGCAUCUACGAGAAGAAGAGCAAGGGGAAGGAGCCAGCUACAAUGGACGACGUCCUGCGGACGGGCAACGACCUCCUCGUGGCUGGGUACUGCAUGUACGGAUCCGCCACGGAGCUCGUCAUAACGUUCAAGGGUCAUGGCGUGCACCGUUUCGUUCUGGACCCUUCGAUCGGGGAGUUUAUGCACAUUAAGGCGCACGUCAAGCUUCCGGAGGGUGGCGGAAAGACGAUCUACAGCUGCAACGAGGGCAACAGCCAGAAUUGGGACGCCGCCAUGCAGUCGAUAGUCAAGAAGUGGAAGCAGGGCGCCAAGCCAUACGCCGCCAGGUACGUCGGAUCCAUGGAGCCGAACGGCAAGCUGCGCGUGCUGUACGAGGGCUUCCCGAUGGCCAUGAUCGUGGAGGCCGCCGGCGGCGCGGCCUCGUGCGGCAUGUUCAAGGGCAGGGUGCAGAGGAUGGAGCGCGAGUUUCAGGUGCUGACCGAUGCCCAGGACGAGGGAGCAGCCAGCAACGCGAACGCAAAGCUUACCACGGAGGGCCCCAUCAAGCAGCUGACAGUGCAGAGGUGGCUGCCCGUGACGCGGGCCACGGCUCUGACAAGCGUGGUGCCAGCAGAGUACCCUGGGGGCCUUCCUGGGGCGCUGGCCGCCGGGGGAAGGUGCCUCGUGUUGGUGAUGGCGAUUGCAGCGAUGAGGCUCACGAACGCAGACCAGCCAGGCGCCGCCCAGAUCAGGGCCACCCUGAGCCUGCGUGUCGAAGACGUUAUGCAGCUGCCAGUCAAAGGUUGUUUCAGCAGCCACGAAGCCGCUGCCAUGGCAAACUCGUCGCUGGCCAGGUCGAGUGAGGGCGGCGCCCGCCGCCGCGUGCCCUUCCCCGAGGUCGUGCCUCGACACCCCAGUCUCGCCGUGCCCUUGCCGCUCCUCCAGCAUUUGCGCGCCGACAGCCGCUUCGGCCGCACCGGCAGCGCCCAGCCGAACAUCGAGGAAGGCGACUGCGGCUCCGCGGCGGUCGCCCGUCGAGUCAGGCUGGCGAGGAAGCUUAGGAAGAAGCGCGACUUGGCCACCCAUGCUGUUCUUCUUCAGGCCGAAGUCAACCAAGCACUCCUCGAGGUGCACGAGCUACGGGAGAAGACUGAGAAAGCAUGUGCAGUGUACGAUCGCAUGGUGGUGGACCUCGACCAGCAGCGGGGACGCAUCCGCAGCUUCAGCGAGACGCUCGGUAAAGCGGAGGCGGCCCACACCAAGCUUGUUCAGCAGCUGCACGAGCAGCUGGAUAUCCCAAUCUCGAUCGACUCGCUGCUCAAGCCCCAGGACGACUGCGAGCUCAUUGGCAAAGAUCUGGGAGAAGUUGAGAGGUCGCGUGAACUUCAUCAGGCAGACCAGGGCGCCGUGCUCAAGCUCUUCGGCGACGGGGUGGACAAGGCCAGGGCCUUCCAGAACGACCAGGGCGGAGGGCCGGCCGCGGGGGCCCCCGCGGAGUCGCCCCAGGAGGCCGCGACGGGCGAGGGCCCCGGCGUGGACAUGGCCGCGCGUUCUAGUCUCGCCGCGUCUCGUCGUGGAUUUCUGCGGCCCGAGGAUGUAGGGCGCUCCGGGCCCCCGCUCGUGGAACCGCUGGGGCCCUCGCAGACCGCUCAGAACAACUUCGCGUCCGUCGCUGGAAAGAUCUACUGUUCAGGCGCGGCAAUUCUGGCGCCCGCUGGCAUGGGAUUAUGCUUCCUUGGUUCCGGGGCCGAGGUCGACAGCCGCGCCAUUGCUUCUGUUCUUCAGCGGCCAGGCGACGCGCAGGCCGCGGUGCAGUCGUUCAUCGGGGAUGAGCUGGGCCAGUGGGCCAUCCCAGGUGAAGCUGCGUGUAAAUUUGUCCGGGGUUCCAAGGUGCAUGACUCCUACUUCCCGUCUCACGGGCUCGCCAAAGGGCCCGAAGAUCUCCUCGCCAUCUCGAGGGCGCUUCGGGGCACUUCGGCCGUGGCCACUGACAGUAUCCACAUGGGGCAUGCGAACAUAAUCUACGAGUCCAGCCUGCGCCUGCUUCGUGACCUGCUGGCCGAUGCCGAGCCAGGUCAAUACGUCUACCAUUCCUGCCACUUCCCCCAGAGUAAUGAUGAGAUCGAACUAUUCGACGAGCUUCAUACCAACUGA